AUGGAGUUUGCAAGGUCCAAAGAAGGUAUAUUUGUCAACCAACGAAAAUAUGUCCUUGACUUGCUGACCGAAACUGGUAUGCUGGGAUGUAAGCCAGCUGAGACGCCUAUGGAGCCUUACGUCAAACUACAACCAGCAGCGACAGAAUCAGUAAAGGAAAGGGAGCGCUAUCAAAGACUUGUCGGGAGACUGAUUUAUCUAUCACACACUCGGCCUGAUAUAGCAUUUCCAGUAAGUGUAGUUAGCCAAUUCAUGCACUCGCCUGGGUCUGAACACUUCGAUGCUGUGUAUCGGAUCCUAAGGUAUCUAAAGAGAACACCCGGUAAAGGACUUCUGUUUAAAACCCGGGGACAUCUACAAGUUGAAGCUUACACUGAUGCUGACUGGGCAGGAAGUCUAACUGAUAGAAGGUCUACUUCGGGAUAUUGCUCGUUUAUGGGUGGUAAUUGUUGGAGUGUAUACUGA